AGACAAUGUGGAUCAUUUCAAGGUGAUUCUCUUCCACAUGGGUAUGAACCAUGCAGCAUAUAUAGCAGCAUAUCUUACAGCAGAGCCUUCCAUAGACUUCAGUAGCCAGAAUGGAAAAGACUGUGUCUUCAAAACGAUAGAUGACAAUUACUGUGAGAUAUUACAGAUUUUCCUUAAACAUUCUCCGGGUAUUAAAGACUGUUUGUAUGAAAGUGAAUAUAAAAUUACCUGGUUUUAUUCCAUAAAUGAGGCCACUGCUUUAAUGUAUGCUGCCUGGAGAGGUAAAUUUAAAUGUGUGAAAUUAUUAAAUGUGGUGCUGGUGUGAACAUGCAGAAGAAAGAUGGAUGCACUGCUUUAAUGCUUGCUGCUUUGAAUGAUCAUGUAGAAUGUGUGAGAGUAUUAGUAGAAUGUGGUG